GCUUUUGUUGUUAAGAUGGCGUCUCCGAGUGGAGUUGACGACUUUGAGUCGUCUUUGCUGAGUUUUGAAAAGCUCGACAGAGCCUCCCCGGACCUGUGGCCGGAGCAGCUGCCCGGUGUUGCAGAAUUUGCGGCUUCUUUUAAGAGUCCAAUCACAAAUUCGCCACCUAAGUGGAUGGCAGAACUGGAAAAUGAUGACAUUGAAAUGUUAAAAGAGCUGGGGAGCCUGACCACAGCUAACCUGAUGGAGAAGGUGAAAGGGUUGCAGAACCUGGCCUACCAACUGGGCCUGGAGGAGUCCAGGGAAAUGACACGAGGAAAGUUCCUGAAUAUCCUGGAGAAACCCAAAAAAUGACAGCUGAAACGCCGCUUGAUGUGUACGUAUGAACAAAGGGCUGAAGUAUGAAGAACACAGUCACUGGAUCCAACAACCAAACUUAAGUUUAUUCGAGCAAAUUUGCACAGAUGCCUUGAAAUGUAUCUGUAUGCUUACAUAUAUCUAAACAGAGUAUUUCAUAGUUCAUACGCAUUUUGUAUUAAUGAAGAGAAAAUAGGAAAGCCCGGCUCUGCAAUUCUGGGCAAAGAGACUGCUGUUGCAGAAUUGUACAUUCAUUUAGUCAAUAGUACAUGAUCUCUUCUUUAUGUUUGGGGAAGGUGCUGGUUAUUGCAUGCUUCCUUAUAGAUCAUAGUUCAGUAUAUGCUUUCAAAUAAAUAUACAUCCUGUAUUUAUUUUUAUCUGAAGAUGGAAUUAGUUUUUAAAUUUUCUGAUUUUUCUCCUAAAUUCUGUAAUCUUUAACAUUAAAG